UUUUCAUAUCUCUGUUUGUGUGACUAGUUUGAGUUGUGUGAAAUUUUUUUGGUUUGAAUCCAUUUUAAAAAUCGAGAUACAAUUAUAAUUACUUUGAAUGAGAUUUUUUAUCUUUACCGAUGUUACGAUCGUGUUCUUUUCUGAAUACAAUGAAAAGUAAAAUGCCACAAUUUCGGAGGAAAAAAUCGGGGAAAUCCUUUCCAGUGAAAGUCUCUACCUUGGACGCAGAAUUGGAAUUUAAUUUAGAAUGGAGAUCCACGGGACGAGAUUUGUUUGACCUAGUGUGUCGAACAAUUGGACUCAGGGAAACAUGGUAUUUUGGCCUUCAAUACGAAGAUUCUAAAGGAUUUAUAUCUUGGUUAAAAUUAGAUAAAAAAGUUCAAGAUCAAGGCAUUUCACAACAGCCCACAACACCUUUUAUGUUUUUGGCUAAAUUUUAUCCCGAAGAUGUAUCAGAGGAAUUGGUACAAGAAGUUACGCAACACUUAUUUUUUCUUCAAGUGAAACAAGCUAUUUUAUCAAUGGACAUUUAUUGUCCUCCAGAAGCUUCUGUUUUACUUGCUUCGUAUGCAGUACAGGCAAAGUACGGGGACUAUGAUGAAGUUUCAUACCGCCCAGGAAUGCUGGCCAGUGAAGAUCUACUUCCACAAAGAGUCAUAGAUCAAUAUCAAAUGACUGCUGAAAUGUGGGAAGAUCGAAUAAAAAUUUGGUAUGCUGAUCAUCGUGGAAUGUCUAGAGAUGAGGCAGAAAUGGAAUAUCUUAAAAUUGCUCAAGAUCUGGAUAUGUAUGGUGUGAAUUAUUUUCCUAUUAGCAACAAAAAGGAAACAAAUCUAUGGCUUGGGGUAACGGCAUUGGGACUGAAUAUCUACGAAAAGGAAAACAAGCUCGCUCCUAAAACUACAUUUACGUGGUCUGAAAUUCGACAUAUUAGCUUCGAUGAUAAGAAGUUUGUCAUAAAACCAGUGGAUAAGACAUCGCCAAACUUCGUGUUCUUCUCGCAGAAAGUUCGCAUGAAUAAACUGGUAAAAAAACAGUCAGAUGUUGCCAGCUGGGUGAAGGGUUUGAUAGCUUUAGGAUUGGACGAACAUAAUAGUGACAAAGCUGCUAACAUAUUAUUUGUUAAGAUCCUGGACCUGUGUAUUGGCAACCAUGAUCUAUUUAUGCGAAGACGCAAGCCUGACUCCAUGGAGGUACAGCAAAUGAAGGCACAAGCUAAAGAAGAAAAAUCACGGAGACAGGUCGAAAGAAAUAAGUUGGCAAGAGAAAAGCAAUUAAGGGAAGCUGCUGAACGAGAAAAAGCUGCUAUGGAACAGCGUCUUUUACAAUAUCAAGAAGAAAUUCGUUUAGCGAAUGAAGCUCUUAGAAGAUCCGAAGAGACAGCAGAUCUUUUAGCUGAGAAGAGUAGAGUUGCCGAAGAGGAAGCGAUGCUUCUUAGUCAAAAAGCAUCUGAAGCAGAACAAGAAAUUACACGAAUUCGGUUGAACAAUAUGAAAGCUGAAGAGGAGAAAGUACAUUUAGAACGGAAAACUAGGGAAGCAGAAUUAUUAACUGAAAGACUGGUACAAGAAUCAGAGAGAAGAGCUGCCGAAGCAGAAAAAUUAAAAGAUGAAUUGUUAAGAGCACGUAUUGCUGAAAAAGAAGCUAAGGAAAAGCUUUUAGAAUUUCUCAGCAGAAAUGCUUAUACUGCUGCUAUAACACCUGUUCCAAAUCUGUUUCCUUCGACACAAGUAUUUACAUCAGAUUUACAAGCGGAUCUUCAAAAUUUGCAAUUAGAUGCUGAACCAUUGCCAUCUGAUUUGACAUCAUAUGAUCUUAUAGCCGAUGGUGAUGUAGAUCAAUUAUCUUUAGAAAUAGAAAAAGAACGAGUCGAUUAUUGGGAGAAGAGUAAACAUUUGCAAGAACAAUUAAGAGAAUUGCGAUCUGAAAUAGAAGUUAUGAAAGUUGGUGAGAAACAGUGUGAAUUAGAUCAGUUACACGAGGAACAGAUGAGACUCGGAGAAAAUAAAUAUAGUACAUUGAAAAAAGUCAAAUCAGGUUCUACUAAAGCUAGAGUUGCAUUCUUUGAAGAAUUAUAAUAUAAUUCUUUUCUUAAAAAAUACAAAAGAUCUGUAUUAUAUAAAAUAUGGAUUAACGAUUUUGAAUUUAAUUAAUGAAACAUUCACU